AUGACCAUCACAGUCGGAAUCGCCGGAAUCACCGGCAAAUUUGCCAAACGACUUGUAUCUCACCUCCUCAAGCGAACUGAUGUUACUAUUAGAGGAUACUGCCGCGAUCCCAGUAGAGUCCCAGAGACAAUUUCCUCUUCGCCCAAAGUCACCCUGAUCCAAGGCGACGCGUUCAACAAAGACGCAAUCACCACAUUCGCCAAAUCAUGCGACGUGAUCGUGUGCUGCUACCUCGGCGACGAUAAACUCAUGGUAGAUGGCCAGAAAAAGCUAAUUGAUGCGUGCGACGAAUGCGAUGUACCUCGGUACGUUGCCAGUGAUUGGGCCCUCGACUAUACCAAGUUGAAGCUGGGCGAGCUGUUCCCCAAGGACCCGAUGAUUCAUGUCAAGGCGUAUCUGGAGACCAAGAAAGUGCAGGGGGUGCAUAUCCUCAUUGGAGGGUUCAUGGAGCCCAUCUUCAGCCCUUUCUUCAAUAUCUAUGAUCCCCAGUCGCAUACUUUCCGGUUCUGGGGAUCCGGCGAGGAGGUUAUGGAGGGGACGACGUAUGACAAUGCUGCGGAGUUUACUGCUGCGGUGACUGUGGAUGAGAAGGCGGUUGGGGUCUUGAAGUUCCUGGGCGGCCGAGCCACCAUCAAAGAAAUCGCAGCAUCCUUCGAAAAGGUCUACGGUACCAAGCCUAGCUUGGAAAGCCGCGGAUCUCUCGAAGACCUAUAUAAAACCAUGCACGAGAAGCGCGAGAAGAAUCCAAUGGAUAUCUACAGCUACAUGUCCCUCUUCUUCUAUUACUACUGGGUCAACGGUCAAACCCUACUUGGCACAGAUCUAGAUAAUGAGCGAUAUGAGGAGGUCAAGCCGGUUAGCUGGGAAGAUUUCAUGGCGCAGUACCCGUUGGAGGCGUUGCCUAGUGCGUUCUUUGCUCUGAGUGGCUAG